CUUGACGCUUGUAUGGCGUCCUACUAAAACGAUCAGCGGGCUAUAUUGUGUAGAUGCCAGUGUCAACUCUUUUCCCGUGUAAUGAAUCAAACAGUGAUGAUACUAGCAAUAGGUCCUUUUAUACGAAUAAACAAUGCAACAUUUUUCGGAAUGUCUAAAAGUGUAGCUCAAAAUAGUAAAUUACUGUGAUGACAAAAAUAAAAUUAUGACCAACUUAAUUUCCUGUAAUACAUCGAACGACAACAUUUUAUAGAAUAUUGGAUAUUUCGUUAUUACUUAAAGAGUGUUAAUCAUAAGAUGUUAGAUAUAUUUCGCGGAUUAAAAUCGCUCAUUAGAGUCAGUCAUAUACACAUCGAUUCUCCGGUGUUUAGAUUACACUAUUCAAUUACGGUUCUGAUACUUAUUGCAUUUAGUUUAAUCGUAACCACAAGACAAUACGUUGGAAACCCUAUAGACUGCAUCCACACCAAAGAUAUUCCAGAAGAUGUUCUAAAUACCUUCUGCUGGAUCCAUUCCACUUUUACACUCACCCAGACGCAUCCACCAAACUUGCCAUAUCCUUUGUUUGGUUACCCUGGAAUUAAAACCACCGUAAACGAAAAGGACAAGAAACUCUACAAGUAUUAUCAGUGGGUUUGUUUCUGCUUAUUUUUUCAAGCAAUCUUAUUUUACACACCAAGAUGGUUAUGGAAAUCAUGGGAAGGAGGUAAAAUUCAUGCACUAAUGAUGGAUUUGGACGUAGGUGUUUGUUCAGAAAUAGAAAAAAAGCAAAAGAAGAAACUUAUGAUUGAUUAUUUAUGGGAAAAUCUGAGAUAUCACAACUGGUGGGCAUAUAAAUAUUAUCUAUGUGAGCUUUUGGCCUUAGUAAAUGUUAUAGGCCAAAUGUUUCUAAUGAAUCGCUUUUUCGAUGGUGCUUUUUUAAUGUUUGGAUUUGAAGUUAUUGCAUUUCUUAACAAUGACGAAGAAGAAAGAAUGGAUCCCAUGAUUAGGAUAUUUCCCAGGAUGACAAAAUGUACAUUUUUUAAGUAUGGUGUUUCCGGGGACUGGGAAAAACACGACUGCCUGUGUAUACUGCCUCUUAACGUAGUUAACGAAAAAAUCUACGUUUUUUUGUGGUUCUGGUUUAUUAUUCUCGGUUUAUUGACAUUCCUUACCGUAAUCUAUAGGAUAAUAACAAUAUUUUCUCCAAGAAUGCGAGUUUAUCUUUUGCGGAUGAGGUACAGGUUAGUUAGAAAAGACGCCAUAGACCUACUUGUACGUAGAAGCAAAAUGGGUGACUGGUUUUUAUUCUAUAUGCUGGGUGAAAAUGUUGAUUCGGUUAUAUUUCGAGAUGUGUUACAAGAAUUGGCAAAUAAACUGGCAAGACACAAUUUCCACCAUGUACCAGGGUUUAAAGGUGAAAUACAGGAAGCAUAGUAAAGUGCCUUAUAUUUCUAAAUAAAGAUUUAUUACUUAAAUGUUUCUAUGAAAUAGGAAUAAAUGAAAGUAAUAAAAUAUGUAUUAUUCACCUUAGCCACUAAAAGAGAUUUUUUUACAAAUUAAUACAGGACGUAAAAAUAUAAGAAUAAUCCAACUGAGGGUAUUAAUAAAAAUAAAUUAAAGGCUUAUUAUAAAUAAAAAUAUACUAAAAUAUCGUUUUAAAUUUGGAAUUUCAAUGCCUAUUUAAGAUAUCUAAACUUAAAAAAAUACUAUUAAUGUUAAAAACUUUUCCAUGACUAUUUAAGAAAGACAAUGUUAGCAAUAACUAAUUUUACAACAAACUAAAUCCGUAUUUAAAAUGUCCAUCUUAUGCAGGUAACUUAUCAGAUACUGCUCUACUUAAACGAUUUAUACGCGAACCACUUGCUAAAAAUCAUUUUUUGCUGGUAUACCUACAUGUAACCCAAUAAUGGGCAAAUCAGGAGAUCGAGUAAGCCAGUGACACUAAGUCUUUCGCCAUUAUAGGAAAUAAGGAAUACACCAAGAAAAAGUGAAGACCGAUUAACUAGAUCGACUUUAGGAUUGCAUCAAUAAAAGUAUUUUACAUAUUAUGGUAACUGAAUUUCAAAUAUAAAUGUAAAUGUAAAUGUGACACGCUAAAAGCGUCCCAGCGCAAAUUUUACAGGAGAAAGGAAAGAACAGGCGACCGUGCUAGACAGCACAAACAGAUACUUUUUAGAGCGUUGUUACAUGCAAAAUAUUUGAAGAACAUUAUUUAUUACUUCAAAUAAUUCAAGAGCCAGCGCAAACAGACAGUGUUUAACGCGUUGUAACAUGCAAAAUAUUCUAAAAAAAUAAUAAUUUAUAAUAGUAAUUUUUUAUUUCAGAUAAUUAAAGAGUAAUCUUAAAUAAAUCUUUAACAAUCCAGAAAUUGAUUUUUGACGAUUAGGUCCCUUUCCUCGCAGCGCGUCACAAAUAUAGAAAUAAUCUAGUUUUAAAUAACAGGGUUUGUGGAUAUAAUCAUAGUUUUAAUCGAUUAGAUGCUAAAUUCGAAACUCGAUUUAUAAAAAAAACCCUUAAAUCGAUUUUUCGGUUGUUGGGGCUAUUUUGAUGUAAAAUAAUAUAUUGAUUUAAAAUAAUAUUUUAAUGUAAAAUUACAUUUACAUUAUACCCUGCUCAAAAAAUUAAGGGGGAACACUUUUUAGUUUCUCUCUAAGUGGAAAAGAUAAUAUAUCGAUUAAUUAAAUUAAAAGUCAAGUAAUCACUUACUCUCAAGAUAAUAUAUCGAUUAAUUAAAUUAAAAGUCAAGUAAUCACUUACUCUGAAGAUAUGGUUAACAAAGUAAUUAUACACAGACCUGUGUAAUUAUAGGCUUAGUUUUGAGAUUCAGGAGGCAUGGUAACAGUAACAAAUUACUGCAAAAACAAAAAUGCCUCAUUUUAUUUUAAAUGCACCAUCCAAGAACACAGUAUUCAGGACCUUUAGGUGAGCGCGAAAUUUGGGGUGUAGGGGUGUCCAAAUAUCCGUCGAAAACAUUUGAUAGCGGGGAAUGUGCAUUUUGUUAUUGCGCAUCAACUGAUGCCGCAUCCUUCUGUUUCAAACUUUUAGGUUAUAUACAUUUGGGUUUCCUUGUGUAGAGUUGUGCAUUUUUUUUAAUUUUUGUGGGCUGUACCAAUAAAAAUAAGGAUGCUUCAAUUAUUUAAAGUUUUAAGCAUAUAUUUUCUUUCAAGAGGUAGGCAAGUAUGUCUUUAUUUUUUAUUUUUCUAUUAACAAUGGUAAGCGUAAAUUAUUAUUUAUUCACACCAGCACAGCGUUUGCGUAUUUUUUAAGAUAUCACGUGACAUGCGGUAUGCGCAGUGACACUGUGCACAUUCCCUCGAGAUUUCACGCUUUUCGCUACAUUGCAAUGAUUGGUUUGAAGACUACUUAAAGGUUUUAAAUAUAAUGUUAUUGGCAUCAUCUUAGCAAGUUAGGUAGGGGUGCCAGAUGCUGUUCAAGACAUUUUAUGUGAUUUUACAAAAAUGACAAAUUUAAGAAUAAAAAUUUACAAUUAGCGUUGAUAAUUGUGUAUUUUUGUAAUGAAGGAAAAUUCACACAAAAUAUCCCGUAUAUAUAUAGACCUAGUCGCCGCGACAAUGUUGCCGCGAGAAGUUGCACCGUCAUAGGCAUUUACAAAAUUUACUCGUCAUUUUAUUACAUUUGAUUUAAAAAAAGACAAGUUUCUAACUGAUUUUAUAUAUAUUAUGUAUUUUAAUACAAUAUACAUACAGGGUGACAAUUUUAAAACGAACAGCACUUAGUAUUUCUUUAACUGAUAACACUAUAAAAAUUUGGCAAAACACGUCAAUUUACAUAUCAAGGGGGACAACUGUUGAGGUAUUUGUUGUUGUAUUACAUUUAACCCCCUGACCUCCAGAGCACCUACCCCUAAAAUUUUAAAUAGCAACCCCUAUUUAUUUCACCAUUUUUUAAAUUUUAAAAAAUUUUUAAAUCCUAUAUAAUUCUAGAUAAGUUACAUUUUUUUGCCAAAAUUGAAGUGCACUUAACCAUGGUUAUAACCUCACAAAUGUAUGGAAUGUAUUUAGUCUAUAAAUUAAAAUACUGCUAGAUUUAAUGGGGUUCCGCUGUAAAAGUGAUAAUAAAGAUAAUAUAAUUACUUUAUUAAUUGCUAAGAAUGGUUUCCCUUGUUUUGUAAGCACAAGUACAGCCGAUAUUCAAACUGUUCGCAGACGUUUUGAAGUGUCUCUGGUAAAAUAUCCUUACAUUCUUGCACAAUCCUUUGUUGGAGUUGUUCAAUUGACUCCGGUUGGGUUUUAAAUACAAUUGAAAGAAAUCGAGCGGUGUCAGAUCUGGUGACCUAGGUGGCCAUUCAAUGGGUCCCCUUCUACCAAUUCAUUGCUACGGAUAAUGAUUAUCCAACCACUCUCUUACUGGACGUACAUAAUGAAAGUGUAGCAAAUGUUCAUCGAAAACAAGAUUUCCAUCGUCGCGACGUCUCUUUGAUAUUCCACCUCAUGAAUUAUACGAGGCUCAAUUAUUCUGUCUAACAUUUCCGCAUAGAUUUCACCAUUUCCAUCUAUGAACAAAGGAUCAAUGAUAGUAUCGCCUAAUAUGCCCGCCCAAACAUUUAUUUUUUGAGGAUAUUGUGUAUGCCCUUCUCAAAUAAUUUGAGGAUUGAAGAAGCUCCAAUAACGGCAGUUUUGUUUGUUCACCUUGCCAUUUAAGUAGAAGGCACUCAUCACUGAAACAGAUAUUUUUUAUAAACUGGGCCUGAGCAAUAAUCCUGCUAGUCAUAACUUCGACAAACUCAAUACGUCUGUUCGGGUCAUCAUCCCCUAAUUCUUGAGUAAUUUGUAGCUUGCAUGGGUGAAAAUUGUGAAGCUUCAAUACUUUUCUGACUGAUUCACGCGAUAGUACAGUUUGUUCUGCCGUCAAGCGACUCAGUGGUAGCCAUAGCAAUUUGGCCAAAAACUUUAAUCUGAGCGAUCUCAUUGACCAAUAUUGGCUCAUUCCUCUUCUUAUUGCAAACAGAUCCAGUUUCUUCAAAUUUAGCACUAAAUCUUGGAUAUACUUGUGUCUAACAUUUCUUUCUGGAUGUCGAUCAUUAAAUAUGACCGCCGUUCUUGUGAAGCAACUGUUUUCCGCUCCAUAAAUAAAAAUCAUUUCAAGGCGUUAUGCAAUUAUUCUGCUAUUAUAGUGUAAACCAUUUUAAGAAAAGGAUACAAAAAACACCCAACUAAUAUAGCUUAUUUUUUACUAAUCGAUUCAGCAAAUCAAAUUAAUAUAUUUACACCGGGCGUACGAAAAUACGAACUGCACUUAUCACUUCUAAAUUAUAUCAGAUAUAACAAAACAAAAAAAUGCACACAAAAUUUGUUUUUAAUAAAAAAAAUGUAAAUAAAGGUAAGCAUUUUAAACGUAGUUUCACAUUAAAUAUUAAAAUGAAUGGCUGUGGCGGCACUAUAAACGCAACCGUUUGAAAACUUGCAUUAUUUUAAUUUAAGGAUUAAAAUUUAAUACAUUCCACACAUUCGUGAGGUAAUCCACUUCAAUUUAGGUAAAAAUAAAUUAAAAAGAAAUGUAACUUAUCUAGAAUUACAUAAGGAUUUCAAAAAUGGAGAAAUAAAUAGGGGUUGCUAUUUAAAAUUUUAGGGGUAGGUGCUCUGGAGGUCAUAGGGUUAAAUGUAAUACAACAACAAUUACCUCAACAGUUUUCCCCCUUGAUAUGUAAAUUGACGUGUUUCGCCAAAUUUUUAUAGUGUCAUAUGACACUAAUAUUAGUUGAAGAAAUAUUAAGUGCUGUUCGUUUUAAAAUUUUCACCCUGUAUAUAGGUAUAUAUAUAGGUAUAUGCCCUUUGGUUACAAAUGAAAAUGAAAUACUAUCAAAUAUUAACAAUAAAAAAAUAUAUUGGGGUACUUGUUAAAACUCAAAGCAUAAAAUUUACGAUUAAAAAUAAAUAUUGUUAGUUGGGCAUUGAUUUGGCGGUCUUUGACUUCAGCGCCAAUAAUAUUACUUGCUUGUUUAAAAAAUGUAUUAAUAAUAUGAUUUUUUAAAGCUGUAUUAUUAUGUGUUCACACUUGAAUUCAACUAUGUUCAAAUCAUUUAAUUUGCAUACAAAAAUAUUUGUACAAUUUUUUAUAUUUUAAAUGUAAAAAGGUAGUUUUGUGUUAACUUGACCAAAAUAAAAAUAAUUGUACCUACAUAUUUGUAUUUGCAAUUUUUAGUCAGGGCCAGAACUUAUUGCUAAUAAUGUUUAACAAAGGACUACUAGAUUUAGGCUAAAUUACAAAUAAGGCCUCAAGAAGCCAAGUUUUGAGAUAGGUACCGAAUCAUUUUUUAAAGUUAACACCCUUUUGUUAUUUGGAGUCAAAAUUGUUUGUUGUUUUAUGACUAUGUUUUUUAAGUUUUGUGAAUUUGUUUUUUAAGCUUUACAAGCCCAGAAAACCAAGGUUUGGGAAAGAUAAAGACGUGAAAAACGUACUACAUACCUAUUUAAAAAAUAUAUUAUCGGCUGUGAAGUUAAACGUGUGUUAAGUUUUAAAUACGUACUGUUGUUCCCAAUAAUUACAAGAUUUCAAUAUCAACGAGAAAAUCAAUAAAUAUUAGUAAAUACUCGGGAUUUGUUCAAAUAUUUGUCCAAAUGUAGCAUCGGUAUUGUAUUGUAUUAAUAUUUUGUAUUAUGGAAAUAGUAACCAUAUGUACGUACUAUGUAAAAAUACUACAAAUAUAGAAAAAAGUUCGUAAAUAAACAUUUCUCAUGUAUUUAACCAUUCAUUUUUGUUAAGAAAGAAGAUCAUAUUGAUUUUAAAGACUGUGAAGUUAUUAUUUCAUAAAAAAACAUAGCAUGUGAUAGUUUAUUAACAGUGCAUAUAGGUGUUAUAGAUAUAAUAUACCUACCUAAUAUGACAUUUAAAAAGAGUUCAAUAGAGUUUUCGUUACACAUAUUAACAAAUAAACUACACCAAAACAAAAAACGUAAAGAUAAUUUACUUGACCCCAAAUUUUGACAUUGUUAUUGUUCAAUCGCAGCGCCAGCUUAUUUGAAAUUCGUCGCGAAAUUUUGCAUGCAUGCUGGAGUGCUCGAGUAUCGGUCGAAAAUAGCCACUCUACGUGUGCGAC